AUGGGAGGCUUGAUCUCAGCCCCGCUUUCUGGCGCCGGCACGUGUCUUGGCGGCUGCUUUGGCAGCUGCCUUGCGACUGGCUGUUGCAAGUUGGCGGGCAGUGGUACUGUCAAUUCUGUCAGGGCAUCGAGAUUUGUGUUGAUUUGGCUGCAGAUCUUCACUGCAGCUUUGGCUUUCUUGCUCUCCGAGACCGCUGAGAGAUGGCUUCCGUGGACUUGCUCGAAGCUUGAUCUGGUCGGUCUAGGUGAUCUCGGUGUGUGCGAGUGCCGGACUGCCGAAGGGCAGUGCUGGUCCGACCAGCUGAUCUACAGGACCGAGGCCUCUGGGACGGUGGUCUUUCUGGGCCUGCUUUUGAUGUCCCUGAGCGGAUGCGCGGAGGGAGCCGCAAGGGCCUACUCCGUCGCCAAGUUCAUGGCUGUGGCUUGCAUCAUCUUUAUCACACUCUUCCUGCCAAAUCAAGUCUGGGCUGGCUUUGGAAGUGCUGCGACAGCACUGUCUGCCAUCUUCCUAGUAGCGCAGUCGAUUUUGCUGAUCGAUUUCGGGUACACUUGGAAUGAGACCUGGUAUGCCAAUGCCCUCGAGGCGAGACGACGAGAGAUUGGCGCUAAAGGCUACAGGCUUUGGGUUGGGGCCAUGUUGCUCUCGUCAGCAGCCUUGGUUCUAGGUGCGAUCAUCGGUUCAAUCUACCUGUUCUGCAUGUUCAAGGAUGCUAGCAGCAGGGCUGUCAAUGCAUCUGCUAUGAUCUUGUCCAUUUCGCUGGCUGUGGUCAGCAUCACCGACUGGUGUGAACAUGGUGCCCUGCUCACUUCGGCUGUCAUCAUGGCGUGA